AGAAAUUAAAAAGAAAGAUUCACAUUCAUUUCAUACCUGUUAUCAUUCCUGCCACGAUAGUUUGUCCCUAUUGAUGCCGUGUGAUGAGCUGAAGAAAGUAAGUGAGGAGUGUCAAAGCAGCAAGGUCGCAGCUACACUUGAGCCACAGUCUGAAUGCAACAGUCCCUGGAAAGUGCUGAGCCUGAUCAACUUGCAGUGUGAAAAGCUGCUUCAUCAGGAAAAUCCUGAGGAAUUAGACCCAAGUUCAGCCUCAUCUGCCACAAAAUUGGGCUAUUCAGUAGCCAAAUCAUCCACUACAGCUCCACAUGUUAUAGAAACUGGAGUUAGAAGUGGUGAAUGCAUGUUAGGCCGGUCUUCUCGUCUCUUUGAGAGACAAGAAAUCACACCCUCUGAGAGUGUUGAGGAAGAUGUGACAGGAAACCCCACAGGAGAUAGUUUUAAACUACAGUGCUCUGUGAAAGACUCUAAGAUGGGUGUUCAGCUGCAGACUACUGAGAAAAUGGACACUGUCAGAGCAGAGUUGCUGAAAGACAGUACAUCAUCUUCUUUGCAUCUUCAACACAGGAGCAAAAUAGAUGUUAACUUCAGUGUCAACAAACAAAUUGAGUGCAGCGAGGAAUGUAAGAAGGACUGUUCCUCUAGCAAACAGGAUGUUUUUGAUACAAUACUAACACUAGACCAUAAUGCAAACCUUACUUUAUCUGUGGAGUCCCAAUGUGACAACCAGCUGCCUCCUCUGAGCCCCAUCCAGCCUUCUUCACAAUCACCAUCAACUGUAUUCAGCACUGCAGAGAGUUCUCGCUCAGUCUCAAAACAAGAUGAAUGUACAGAUGUCCCCUUAGAAGAAGAAGCCCCCCCAGCUGCCCUGAUAAAAUCUUGUGCGUCAAAAGCAGAAAUUUGGACAGUGCAAAACGAGGAAAUUGGUUCAUCCUCUUCCCACCAGUGGAGAACUAAGACUCCUAGAAAACAGCCUCAUCCCAGUCGUAGCGCUGAUAUCCAAGACCCAGACUUCCAGGGAGUGACAUUCAGGAUAGACACAGAGCUGGACGAAAGCAGAGAACAGUGUCGGCUCCUCAUAACGUCAAAGUACAGCAAGGAACUCUGCAAGAGUGUGAGAAAACCCAGACUGAGGACACGGUCAUCACUCAAAGCUAGCAGCUCAGAUGAGGAGAACAGCCUCACAAAUAAUGUUUUAAAGGGUAAAGUUUGUGCAUCAUGCUGCACCAGGAAGACCCCUAUGUGGAGGGAUGCAGAGGACGGAACUCCACUGUGUAAUGCUUGCGGGAUAAGGUAUAAGAAGUACAGAGUGCGCUGUGUCAACUGCUGGCAUAUCCCUCGGAAAGAGGGCAACUCCAGCUCGUGCUGCCUCAAGUGCGGAAACUUUGUGAGGCUGACCUCAGCUCAGCGGAAAGACACCACCUAGGGAACUUGCACAGAGCACAGGUUUUUAUGCUCACAUGUGACAGAGCUUUGCACAUAUGUACACAACAAUUAAAUAUGCUCGCUGGUCCAGUAGUUCUUUACAGUUCACUACAGAUAUUACUUCCUUUAACUUGACUCAGUAUUUAAAUUAGUUUCACUGCUAUAGGAUUGUACCUCAGACAGCAGCACACAUUUAACUCAUGGCUCUGUGUGCAUCAGGGGGAAAAAAAAUGGAAAACUAGUAAAACCUUAAAGUUUGUAUGCUCAAAGCUUAAAAUGGGGGAAAAUAUCUGAAAAUAAUCUGUACCAAAGUCUUUUCUGGGCUGAUCCUGUUUCUACUCCCUAUUUGUACGUGCAUGUGUGACAGAGCUUUUAGGGUUCUUUUUUUUUUCCUCACCAAGAGUGAUAUAUUUAUGAAGCACAGGCAGACUUUGUAGCAGAGCUGAGAAUCCUUUGCUACAAAUAAAUGGAACACUGAAGGGUUACUGUCAGGAGUAGACACAUUCAGUGGAAAGUUUAGUUGUGACAUUUUUUGCGUUUAAUGGUCAGCAGUACCCGACAGCUGUAAUAGACAGUUAUUUCUGUACAGGCCGUGAGCUCAGUGCAGUUUUCACUGCUAAUAACUGUAAAAACACUCUUACUGCUCCUGACCCUGACAGCAACAUUGUUAACUAAA